GUCACCGGGCCGCGGUAAAGGGCCUGCGUCGUGCGUCGCUCGCUCUUUUUUCUCCGCUACACCAGCAGCGACAGGCCUUUACUGUGUGAGAGCAAACACCGAGGCAGCAAACAUGAUCAUCUACAAGUGUCUAAUCACCGGUGAUGAAAUGUUCUCUGACAUUUAUGAAAUUACGGUAACAGAAGAUGGUCUCUUUUAUGAAGUUCAAGGCAAGUGUAUUAGCAGAAAGGUUGGUUGCAUCGAUGAUUCCCUUAUCGGCGCUAAUGCAUCUGCUGAAGAGGUGGCUGAGGGAACAGAAGAAGCCACAGAGUCGGGCGUGGACAUAGUCCUCAACCACUCUCUCCAGCAAACGCCCCCUUACAAAAAGGAUGAGUUUAUGAAAUACCUCAAGGCAUACAUGAAAGCUCUCAAGACAAAGAUCGAGGCCACCAGUCCUGAGUCGGUGACUCAAUUCCAAGAGGACGCCCAGAAGGCAGGGAAGAAGAUGUUGAAUAUGGUGCUUAAAAACAAGGAUCUCGAGUUUUUUACAGGAGCCUCGAUGAACCCUGAGGGCACCCUUGCCUUCCUGGACUAUCGUCCGGAUGGAAUGACUCCAUUUCUGACUGUCUUCAAAAGUGGACUGGAGAUUGAGAAAUGUGUAAGUACCAACCAUCUGCUUUUCAAUUGGCUGCUGCUUCCCAAACCCCACCAAAUGCAGAGACCAGGAGAACUAUUUUGCAUCAUGCUGUAGAGGAAACUUUAAUCAUUUCGUCUUGCGCCCCCUAGCCACCAGUAAAGGACUGAGGAAUGGGAACUGUCUCGUCAUGGAUUUUAGUUUUUGACUUUAGUCUUUGGCCCAUGCAGUGACUGGAAUCCCCAGGAUUGUAACGCCGUGGCUGUUUUUAGCAUUGAUUCCUAUGAGUCAGGCUGUACAGACCUGGGUAUAAAGUGAUACACUCUGAAUAAAAAUCUAUUACCACCAAA